ACGUCAACUGGACUAUAGCAUUAAUGUUACAAUGUAUACCAGUACCAAUAAUUCUAUGGAGUAGAGCCCAUCUCAUACAAACUUUUCUUAUUUGAAGUGCCAUAGCUAAUUGUUUAUUUCUUUCUCUCCUAUUAUCAUUAGUUGAUCCAUAUACAUGUUUUUUUCUUUUCCGAUAAUUGACUGAAUCAAUGGGAACUUCACAGUUUCCUCGGUGGAACUACAAAGUCUUUCUAAGUUUUAGAGGUGAAGAUAAUCGAAGAACAUUUACAGGUCACCUCUUCAAAGGCUUGGAAAACAGUGGAAUAUUCACGUUUCAAGAUGAUAAAAGGCUAGAGCAUGGCGCAUCAAUAUCAGAUGAACUCUUGAAAGCUAUCGAACAGUCUCAAGUUGCCCUCGUCGUUUUCUCAAAGAAUUAUGCAACAUCGAGGUGGUGCUUAGAUGAGCUAGUGAAGAUCAUGGAAUGCAAGGAUCAAUGUGGACAGAUUGUCAUACCAGUCUUCUAUGAUGUGGAUCCAUCACAUGUUCGGAACCAGACAGAGAGCUUUGCUGAAGCCUUUGAAAAACAUGAAACAAAGUAUAUGGAUGAUGUUGAAGGAAAGCAAAAGGUGCAAAGAUGGAGGACUGCUCUAACUGCUGCCGCAGAUCUAAAAGGAUAUGAUAUCCGUGACGGGAUUGAAGCAGAGAAUAUUCAGCAGAUUGUCGACCAAAUUUCCAAAUUGUGCAAUAAUGCUACUUUGUCUUCUUUGCGAGAUGUUGUGGGAAUAGAUACUCAUCUGGAGAAAUUAAAGUCCCUACUUAAGGUAGGAAUUAAUGAUGUUCGGAUCAUAUUGGGGAUCUGGGGCAUGGGCGGUGUAGGGAAGACAACAAUAGCAAGAGCCAUUUUUGACACUUUAUCUCAUCAAUUUGAAGCUGCUUGUUUCCUUGCGGAUAUUAAAGAAAACGAAAAACUGCAUUCUUUGCAAAAUACCCUUCUCUCUGAAUUGUUAAGAAGAAAAGAUGAUUACGUCAAUAAUAAGCUUGAUGGGAAGCGGAUGAUUCCAGACAGACUUUGCUCUAAGAAGGUGCUAAUUGUGCUUGAUGAUAUAGGCCAUAAAGAUCAUUUAGAGUAUUUAGCAGGUGAUAUUGGUUGGUUUGGUAAUGGCAGUAGGGUUGUUGUAACAACUAGAGACAAACAUUUGAUAGGGAAGGAUGAUGCAAUAUAUGAGGUGGCUGCACUACCUGAUCAUGAAUCCAUUCAAUUGUUUUAUCAACAUGCUUUCAAAAAAGAAGAUCCAGAUGAGUGUUUUAAGGAGCUUUCAUUGGAGGUAGUAAAUCAUGCUAAAGGCCUUCCUUUAGCCCUCAAAGUGUGGGGUUCUUUGCUGCAUAACCUAGGCUUAACUGAAUGGAAAAGUGCUAUAGAGCACAUGAAAAUUAAUUCUAAUUCAGAAAUUGUUGAAAAGCUCAAAAUCAGUUAUGAUGGAUUAGAGCCUAUCCAACAAGAGAUGUUUCUAGAUGUAGCAUGCUUCUUGCGAGGGAAAUAUAAAGGUUACGCCAUGCAAAUUCUUGAGAGUUGUCAUUCUGGAGUUGAAUACGGAUUGCGUGUCUUAAUUGACAAAUCUCUUAUAUUUAUCUCUGAAAAAGGUGAGUUUCAAAUGCACGACUUAAUACAAGAAAUGGGUAAAUAUAUAGUGAACUUGCAAAAGAAUCCGGGAGAACGCAGCAGAUUAUGGCUCGUCAAGGAUUUCGAAGAAGUGAUGAUCAACAAUACAGGGACCAUGGCAAUGGAAGCAAUCUUUCUUCCUUAUUUCGAUUUUGAUACAUUACGCUUUAGCAAAGAGGCCAUGAAAAAUAUGAAAAGGCUUAGGAUAUUAAACAUAGGGAAGUGGCAGACCGGUGAUGGUUCCAUUGAUUAUCUGCCCAACAACUUGCGUUGUUUUGUCUGGACUAAGUAUCCUUGGGAGUCAUUGCCAUCUACAUUUGAACCCAAAAUGCUUGUUCACCUUGAACUCCAGAGCAGUUCACUGUGUUCUUUAUGGAUGGAAACAAAGCAUUUGCCGUCUCUACGGACGAUAGAUCUCAGCUACUCUAAAAGCUUGAUACGAACACCAGAUUUCAAGGGAAUGCCAAAUUUGGAGUAUUUGAAUUUGGAGGAAUGUAGUAAUCUUGAUGAGGUUCACCAUUCGCUGGGGUGUUGUAGAAAACUCAUUCGGUUAGAUUUGAGUUAUUGUGAAAGCCUUGAGAGGUUUCCAUGUGUUAACGUGGAAUCUCUUGAAUAUCUGACUGUAAAUGAUUGCUAUAGUUUAGAGACAUUUCCAGAAAUUCACGGGAGAAUGAAGCCGAAGAUAGAGAUUCACAUGCUAGGCUCUGGGAUAAGGGAACUACCAUCCUCUUUUUUUCAGUACCAAACUCAUAUUACCGAGCUAGAUUUGAGCGGUAUGGAAAACCUUGUAGCUCUUCCAAGCAGCAUCUCUAGGUUGAAAAGUUUGGUUAUUUUAUGUGUGUUGGGUUGCUCAAAACUUGAAAGCUUGCCAGAAGAGAUCGGGGAUUUAGAAAACUUGGAGAGGCUUGAUGCCACCUUUACCCUAAUAUCACGACCUCCGUCUUCCAUCGUACGCUUGAACAAACUUAGAGUCUUGGAUUUUGGAUUCUGCAAGGAUGGAAUGUACUUUGAGUUCCCUCCAGUGGCUGAAGGAUUAUGCUCGUUGGAAUAUCUGAAUCUCAGUAACUGCAAUCUAACAGAUGGAGGACUUCCGGAAGAUAUUGGAUCCUUAUCCUCUUUGAAAUAUUUGGAUCUCACAGGAAAUAAUUUUGAGCAUUUGCCUCAAAGCAUAGCCCAACUUGGUGCUCUUCGAAUCUUGGACUUAACAGAGUGCGAGAGGCUUACACAACUACCAGAACUUCCACCAGAAUUAAAUGAAUUGUAUGUAGAUUGUCAUAUGGCUCUGAAAAGUAUCCAUGAUUUAGUAUCAAAGAGAAAGAAACUACAGAGGGUGAAAUUCUUGCCUCUGUAUGGUAAGGAUGAUGCACAUAAUGAUUCUAUAUAUAAUUUGUUUGCACAUGCCCUGUUUCAGAAUAUCUCUGCUUCAUAUUCCUUGUCCGAAAAUGUACUUACCAUUUGGCAUCCUCACAAGAAGAUCCCAAGUUGGUUCCUCUAUCAGGGAACGGAUCGUAGAGUAUCAGUGAAUUUGCCUGAAAAUUGGUAUAUACCUGAUAAAUUCUUGGGAUUUGCUGGAUGUUACAAUGGCAGCUUAAUUGACACCACAGCUCAAUUGAUUCCCAAAUGUGAUGACGGGAUGUCGUGCAUGACCCAGAAACUUGCUCAAAUUUGCAUGACCCAUUCAAAUCUUGAUAAAGAAUAUAAUAUACAUUUUUUCUUUGUACCUUUUGCUGGCUUAUGGGAUACGUCUAAGGCAGAUGGACAAACACCAAAUGACUAUGGGCUUAUUAGGCUAUCUUUUUCUGGAGAAAUGAAGAAGUAUGGACUUCAUUUGUUGUAUAAAGAAGAACCUGAGGUUGAGGCCUUGUUACAAAUUAGGGAAAAUAACAAUGAACCAACAGAAUAUCGCAUUGAGAUAAGGAGUAGCAGAUCUGACAAUAGUGAACACCAUGACUCCGUGACAGAUGAAGCCAGUUGCUGUCGCAUACUGUAAUAACAUUAGAAACAAAGGUCACAUUCUAAUGAAAGUAAGUUGCAAGUUUGGAAGCCCUUUGCUCUAAAGUCGGUGGCAUUGCCUUUGAAGAGCAUAUGUUUCCUUUGUUUGUAGCAGAACAACUAGACUCUUGGCCUGAGAAAGAGAUUCGCGAGAGAACUUACUUGGGUAGACUUUCAAAAACCAAUUCAGAUGAAUGUUCGCGAAGCAAGAAAGCUGUGCCGAAAUGGAUGGAUGAAAGAAGCCUUGGAACUGUUCUUCCUUUGGGAUGUAGAGCUCAACUAGUCUUGUAUUCUCUCCGUCAGAAACUGAUGUUCACCUUUUCACUUGCAAAAUAAUUUUCAUCUUGGAAAAACCAGAAGUUUCUUACACACUACAUAACUUUAAAUGUUGCUUGUCGUAAUGAUCAUGCUCUAACUUUAGCAAUACACUUUUGCAGGGCCAUUUUCAUAUUUGUACCAAGUUAAAUGUGGAGGUUCAGUUUAGUAUAGAGGGAGUAAAACAUCUUCUUAAAUAUUGUGUUUUUUUUCUUCAUAAAAAGUCAUGAAAAGGAAAAAUCUGUUUCAUUUGGAACUUCAAUCGCAGAAGUACCAGAUUAAUCAACUUAAUAUAUCAUGAAAAUAGCAGAAAUCAGAAAUUUCAAAAAACACUUGCAACAAACAUGCAUGUUUCCUAGGAAAGCUUUCCAAAACUUAAAAAACCUUGCAACAAAGUAUGCUUUCUUUACUUGUGUUUGUGCUAUUCUUUUCUGACAAAAUCGAUGUAUAUGAAGGUGUUGAGAUACGUUGGAGUCGUGGAUGGUGUCAAUGGAAAAGCGACUGUCAAGCUGCAAAAAUACAAUAAUGAACGCCCAUUUGCACAACUCUCAGGAUCGGAUAACAUAAUUACAUUUACAAUUGAAAGACAUGCGAAGAACCAUUAGUAGUGUGUGGUCCAGUUGCUGGAGCUGAAGUGACUGCUUGUGGAGUAUGCUGUGACAUCUGGCUGACUUGCAUCAACUAUUGGUGCUCCAUCUUAAUUCAUUUACUGCAAGGCAGUGAAGGGCAGUCCGGUGCACUAAGCUCCCGCUAUAUGGGGGUCCGCGGAAGGGCCGAAUCACAAGGGUCUAUAGUACACCGUCUUACUCUGCAUUUCUGCAACAUGUUAUUUUCACUGUUCGAACCCGUGACCUCCUGGUCAUAUGGCAACAACUUUACCAGUUACGCCAAGGCUCCCCUUCAAUUACUGCAAGCCAGUAUUUUGCUUUUUUUUUUUUUUUUUUUUUAUUACCAAGUUUUAGACUUUGUUGUAUGAUUUUCAUGUGGAAAGAUGUAUUUGGUGUUAAGGUUGUAGUUCAAUUAUUAACUUCCCUUUUUAUUACCAAGUUUCAGACGUUUGAUGUGCCACACUGUAGUCUCUAUGCUUUACAUGGUGUUGCCGUUUAAGCAACAACAUGCACGGCUCACUCUGUGGCUUGUCUCUUCUCUUCUUCUAUAGGAUAGGAUUUUUUUGUAGCUUGCUUAUUUGUAAAUUGCAACUCUGAUAUUGAUUCAA